UCUCUGUCAACACUCUAUAGAAAUGUCGGGCCAACUGCCAGCAACGUUUGUGAAGGGUUUUCACAAUGAGGAGCUAGUGCGUCGCAUGGAAUAUCGUCCCUUGGGUAAUACAGGACUAAAGGUGUCGAAAAUUGGCUUCGGAGCAGCCACAUUGAGUGGCCUUUUCGAUAGCGAUAAAUUCAAAUUUGACAAGGAGGAGGGCAUUCGAGCAGUACAGGAAGCCAUCAAAUCGGGAAUUAAUUAUAUAGACACGGCUCCGUUCUAUGGGCAGGGCAGAUCGGAGCAGAUCCUUGGUGAAGCUUUGAAGGAUGUGCCACGUAAGGCGUAUUACUUAGCCACCAAAGUGGGUCGCUAUGAACUCGUUGCGGAACGUAUGUUUGAUUUUACUGAGAAGAAAACUCGGGAAAGUUUGGAGAAAAGUUUCAAACUCUUGGGACUAGACGCCGUGGAUGUUCUACAAGUGCAUGAUGUGGAUGCAGCUCCUAGUUUGGAUAUGGUAUUAAAUGAAACCAUACCAGUCCUGGAAGAGUAUGUUAGGGCGGGCAAGGCACGCUUCAUAGGCAUCACCGGCUACGAUUUGGAUAUCCUUAAAGAGUGUGCCGAACGAGGCAAAGGACGUAUUCAUUUGAUGUUGAACUAUGCUCGUUACACUUUGCUGGAUAACACGCUACAGCGAUUUAUGAAGGACUUCCAGGGACUCAAUGUGGGUGUGAUUUGUGCUGCAGCUCAUGCUUUGGGAUUGCUUAGCAAUGCUGGCUCUCAGAUCAAACAUCCUGGCAGUAAGGAACUUCAGGAUGUGGCGAUACGUGGUGGCGAAAUUUGCAAGCAACGCGGCGUGGAGCUUGGAAAAUUGGCCAUGUACCACACACUGCAAUUGGAUGGGGCAGCUACCUUCCUCGUUGGCAUCCCCAAUCGACAUAUGCUCCAGAUUAACCUGGAUGCAAUUUUCAAUGGACUCACAUCGAACGAACAGGAAGUCUUGCAGUAUCUACGUGAAAAUGUCUUUACAAAAUCCUACAGUUGGGGUUCGACUUUGUCCUAUAUCAAUGACUUUAAAUGAAAAUCAUAUUUAUAUGUAAUAGAAAAUUGUAAUUGUUACCUAUUUACCUGUAUAUAUUAUUUGU